AUGUUCGACGACCUCUACGACGAGCUCGAGCACGGCGCGGAAGAGAUGGAGGAUGCCGACCUCGAGGACUACCACUUCGAGGGCGCAGACCCCUUUGAGGAUGAUGAUGAGGACGUCUUCGACUUCGGCGACGACCUCCCAGGCCUUCGCGGCCCUGUUGGACCCACCAGCCGUGCUGGUGACUUGGAUGGCGCGGACUCGCAGCCGUCCUCACGAGCUUCGAGAAGGUUCAGGCUCAUGGAACGCAAGUUGCAAGACGCUCGCAUUCCUCAAUACCCUUCGGAAACUCGUGCCGUCAAGCUCCUCGACGGACUUCGGUUGUCAGAGACUGCUACUGCCCAACUUCUCUUAGCUGCCGGCAAUCGGUAUGAGUUUGGCGCCUUUGAGGACCAGUUCAUCGACGGCGACUUCACCAACCUCAUCAACGAGAAUGAUACGGUUGAGAACGACAUCAACCCGGAGGACGACCCCUUCGAUUACCAGUAUGAUGAGGAAGAUGGUGAAGCCGACUGGGAGGCCCCUGAUGAUGGUGCUGAACCAGUUGGCGAAGCGCCCAAUGAGAUCGAUGAGAACCAGGUGUUCACUGCCACCUCAAAGAAGCUAGCUCCGACCAUGCAGGCUCGUGGCAAAGGCAAGUCCGGCAAGAGUUUUUCCAAGGGCAAAGGCAAGAACUCAGCUUUGCACAAGCAGAGGUUACAGUCUAGUUUGUGCCUUGGAUGCGGCGCUUCUGACCACUGGCUCAAAGAGUGUCCUCAUGUCACUACACAUCAGGCCCAUCUUUGUUCUGCACCCAUGACCCUGGACGGCAAUGGUGCCGUGCAGGAGGACCCUCCGACGGUGUGGAUGACCAGCUGGUCAACGAAUGGCCAUCGAGAUGUUGGGACCCAGACUGAGGCACCACAUCGCGGACUUCUUCAGGUGGGUUUCGCUGUUUCCCCUGUUGACUCAGGUUUCGCGGCACCGACCUCAGAGGCUAUGACUUCAAGUUUUCACUCUCUGGCGACUGGUUCAGAGAGCAUGAACGUGAUGGCAAGGGACACCUCGCCAUGUGGAUCCUUGCAGCCUCCAUCCGAUCUUGGUGACCUCAAUCCUGACGACUGGUGGGAGGAGCUUGAUGAUCGGGCCCUGUGGUCCGAGAUGGCGGAAGACUGCCGCGCUGAACUGCGCCGGCUGGAGCUGAGCGCUGUUUCUUCUGAGGCACCUCCGCAGCUUAGUUUGACCGAGAUGCAACAAUAUCGGGGAGAGGACCCAAGGACCUCAAAAGCCACUGUUUCUAGGGUUUUGGAGACGGCUCAACCUCUAGGUGAUGCAGGCAGACAAUAUCGGGGAGAGGACCCAAAGACCUCAAGAACUAGGAGUAGGAACAAGGCUCCCCGGACCGUAGCUAGCCGUGGAUACGCUCACGACGACACUGCCGUGGUUCCCGGCCCCAUCACCCGCCGGAUGGAGCGCGAGAAGAGAGAGAAACAUCGAUCCAAAAGUGUGGAUCCUCGCAUGGAGGCGACCUGGAUGGUGACUUUUUCCAACCAGGUCGAGCACAUGUCAGACGACGGUGGUCGCCACUAUGAGACUGUGGACCCCGACGGCAACUGCGCUGGCGGUCGCGGCGAGACUGAGGACCACGGUGGCACGAUCGAGCAUGCGCUUGAAGCCGAAGCUAUCGCCAGAGGACCUUCUGAGGAGUGGACUCAACAACAGGUCAUCGCCUCCCAAGUCAUGAAGCAGAUGAGCAAGCAGAUGCAGGAGGAUAUGCAACGCGAGAUGCAGAAAGAGCUUCAAAAGGCGCUCUACCUGGCCAAGAGUUCAAUGAUGACUCCUCCUCCCAAUUUGGAGACGGCUUCAGUUUCAGCACAGAGCUGGGACCCGGUGAACCCCGUCGAAGAGGAGAAUCCGAACGCAUGGGAUCACCAGCAGAGCGACUGGCAGUACGACUGGCAGGAACAGAUCGAGCAGAACCACGAGGAU